CCACCAUCACCAACCAAUUCCAUUCAUCUUUACAACCCCUCCAGAUCUCCGAUUCUUCUCAUCGAGCCUCGGCCGUUCUCCAUUUCUUCCCCAUCAUAUACCUCAUUUAUUUUUAUUUUCUCGUAUCUGUAUUUUAACUAUCGCCGAAACGGAAGGACAUGGAUGGGGAUGAAACUGAUUUUUCUCCGGCUACUCUCCCACGAGAUACUACCUCUGCUUUGGUGGAUUUUUUUCGGAUCUGGUGGCCAGAGCAAUUUGGGGAGAAGGGAUAUGCUGAAAGAGAACAUGACGGAGAACCAGCGGCGGUGGCUGAACUUGACGGAGAACCGGCGGCGGCGGCUGAACUUGACGGAGAACCGGCGGCGGCGACUGAACUUGACGGAGAACCGGCGGCGGCGGCUGAAUUUGAUGGAGAACCGGCGCCGGCGGCCAUGGAUGAAGUCCCUAAGCUUGCAGGGUUGUGUGCAAAAAGUGCAGUUAGCAGCCUUGCAGGAUGGGAAGACAGAGCUCUUGGCUGCAGGGCACUUCUUGCUUGCGGCAGUAGGAAAGAAAACACUCAACAGGAGAAAAAUGUACAUUUUGGGAGUGAAAAAAAUGCUAGGAAAGGAGCUCUUGGCCACAACAAAUCGGAAGAAAAAAAUCAUAGCUUGUUAUUAUGUUGAAUGAAUAUAUUUGAAUUAUAAAUAUCCAUGUAUUACUUGAGUUCCUCCAUGGAUGAGAAUUAUGAAAGUUAAUAUUAUUUCUUAUGUCUGAUUCUCUUUUAUGACAUUAUGAAAACACUAAGUAAUGCU